CAGCAGGUGUCCAUGUUCAAACUCUUCACUGAGGUGCCCUCCUCGAACAAGGGGUGGAAGGACCGGUGGUGCUAUGUGAAGCUGACCGAGAGCCCCUUCCCGAGGGAGCUACGUGACCGCUUCAGGAGGCACGAGAAGAGGAGGAGCGCCGCCCUCGAGAAAGAUGGCAGGAUUCUGGCCAUGAUCCCGGAGGGCCGGGACAAGAAUAUCACCAUCAAGGAGUGCACCAAGGAAGGAGAUCUCUACACCCUCGGGUUCCGGCGGUACCGGUUCCUGGGGGAAACAGAUGAGAAGUUCCCAGUGUUUGAGGGAGCCUCCGGAGGUAUCCCAGUGAACAUGAUGAACGUCAAAGGCCUCGCUCGAUUCAAGAACAAGCCGGCCAAGGAUCCGAAGGGGUCGGACGCCGGCGGCCAAAAACCCGUCGGUGCGCCUUUCAAGAAGCCCGAGGGCGAUGCUGCUGCGGCGAAGAGGAAGCUGACGACAAAGGAGCCCCCCCAGGCCCCCAAGAAAUCGAAGAAGGGGGACGCCGCGAAGGAUGACCCCCCGGUGGUGAUUGUAGAUGACUGUCCCGCCUCCGGGGUGAAUGAGGAGAUGCCGAUGGCGCAGGUGCCAAGGGGUGUCCGAGAGCCAUCUCUUGAGGUCCUUACGCUCUCCCUCCCGACUGGCACGGCUGACCCGAGGGCGCUCCUGAGAGGUAUAACCCUCGAUAUUGACAGGGCAGCCCUCGGGGCCGAUGAUGACCAAGCCCUCGAAGACAGGAUCCUCCGGUCUUCCCUCACGGUAAGUUUAUGAUAGUUUGUCUUUCUCUUCUUUACUUCGAACUAGGAAAUCACGUUCGGCCCUGCUAACUCCUUUAUUUUUGCAGACUUGCGUUGCCCUCAGAGAGCAGUUCCGACGGCUGGAGGAAUGGCGCCUCCACAAAGCUGGGCAGGACGCCAAGAUGAAGGAGCUAAUCCUCAGGGACUCCCAGGCCACGAAGUUGAUGGCCCAACUUGAAGAGGACCUCCAGCUUGCGAGAGCGGAGGCCGGAAGGCUCAAGGAGGAGAAGGCCAAAGCUGAGGAGGCUGCUGCGGAGGCCGCAAAGAAAUCCGCGGAGGAGGCCGAGGCCGUCAGAGCGAAGGCUGUCACCGCAGCCCGGGAGGAGGCCAUCUCUGGGUUCCUGGAUGGGGGGUGGAAGACCGAGGGGCACAAGGCGUGGCUGUCCUCGGUUGUGGAGGCCUCAGUCGACGAGUGGUGCGAGGGCCCGGGCGAGGAAUGGAUGGCCCGAAAGGGUAAACAAUAUUAUGAUGGGGGCGAGUUUUUCACUCAAGCCCUCAUCUACCGGAGGAUGGCCCGCCAUUUGAAGAUUGAGCCGAAGGACUUUGACUCGGCGGCAUACGGGCUCCCCCUGCAGCCAGACAUCCGUGUUCCCCUCCCCUCCGAUGUCGAGAGGCCAGACCUGGAGGAUACUGAGCUCCGGAGGGAAGCCGCGGGUGACGAACCUGAGGCCGAUGCAGAGGUCACCUCGAAGCCAUCGGGGGAGGCGGCCCCCGGGAAUGACGUUGUUUGAUGUGUAAUUUGUACUUAGAAAUUUCUGAACAAACUCUUGUAAUGAACACCAUUGAUCCUUCGGCUUCGGCCUGUUUGUAACAAUUACAUUUACUCCUUUUUGUGAUGAGUGAUGGAUGAGUGUUAGCCUUCGGGCAUUGUAUAUAUACAUGACUUGUUUGCUUUAAUUCAUUCCUCCUUGAAUGUAUGUCGUCGUUUUUUCUUGAGUGUAUGCCUUCGCCCUUUUUGAAUGUAUGUCUAGGACUUAGAAUAUUUUCUAAGUGUUUGAAUACGGUUGUAGCCUUCGGUAGUUGGGCACCCUUUGCCGGAUGUACAACCGAGGGCUCAGCAAUAAUUAGGAUUUUAGAAAUUUUUUCUAAGUGUAGCACACCAUAGGGCCUUCGGGCGUUUGUAGUUCAAUUGCUGUGUGAGGAUUAGAUUAAGAAUCCAAUCCUUAGGACUUAGAAAGAUUUCUGAGUGUAGUUUGCCCUUGGAAGCCCUCGGCUGGCAGCCUCCUUCCUGAUGUGUGAAUGUUGGACCGAGGGAAAAAUAUGUAGGACUUGGAAAAUUUUCUAAGUGCUUGUUGUAUCGCAUAGCCUUCGGCUAUCAUAUUCCCUUAGCUGUAAUAUUGGUUGGGCCGGGGGCCCAAUCUUUAGGACUUAGAAUUUUUAUUCUCAGUGCUGCUUCCUUGUGUCGCCUUCGGGUGAUGGGUGCCCUCUGACUCUGCGUCACUUUUGCGAGAUGCCCGGGGGCUACUCAUUUAGGACUUAGAAUAUUUUCCAAGCGUAUAUUGAUGUUGAGCUUCCGGAUGUAGAUCCCUCCGGGUGUAUGAAUAGGACCCUUCGGGUGCUCGUGAGACCCUUGUGUUGUAUGAGUAUUUGACCGAUGGCCAAAUAUGUGGGACUUAGAAAAAUCUCAAAGUGUGUUGUAGAUGUUGAACCUUCGGUCAGUGAGGAGUCUGUCCGAGGGGCAAAUGUUUUGGAAUAAGCCCCCUCGGUUUGGCCUUUGAUGAUUUGUAAUAGAUGCCUCCGGUUGUCGGGUGAUAUAUUAGCCUCCGGUAGUUGUCAUCUUCCGAAACUGUGGACUUAGGAAAAGUGUGGACUCAUG